GGCGCACUUGUCGGUCUGCGUCGCAUUCUGGACAGGACGACCUUUUUCGCUGCUUCUGACUGAUUUCGUUAAAGCGACUUAAAAACAAAAUCGUUUUGUUUCGUUGGAAAAGGCGAUAAAGACGCGUCUGGAGAGUUUAAUUGUCAUUUUAGGGAGUAAUUCCGUGCCUCUGUGUUUGGAAUUAGUGUUUUGUUUGGUUGUGUUUUAUGGAGCUAGUCACGUCAGCUAGCUUGUGUUGGAAUUAGCUGCAGGUUUGGCGUUGGCUAGCAACGCUAAUUAUCUAGCAGCACGUAGCUGUUUAUUAUUAUUGUUGUUGUUUACUGCAUGCAUUUCGAAUCGUAUGCGAUUUGUAUUUAUCUUAAGCACAUUUUAAGUGUCUAACACUAAGGACAAUGCUAACGCUAACGCCAAUGCUAGGUGCCCCGUUGGCACAGAAUAGGACUGAGCUAGUCAUUUUGUGCACAAUUCUUGAAUAAUCAGAAAUAAUUGAAAUUACACACACACAAAAACAAAACAACAGGUUGUUUAUUUGUUGGGCAGGAUUAAAGCAACAUCCGUGCACGGGUUGUGUGAUUCUGUAAAUACCAGUGCUACUAAAAUCCCAUGCAUCUAUCCCUGCAAUAAUAAUAAUAAUAACGGACAAGCUGGUGAUCUCGGUGCUGAUGCAAAGUUGGUGCAUGAAAACUUUGAAUGCAGAAAAUGUGGGUUUAAUGCAUUUUAAUUCACGUGUGCAUUGCUGUUAAGUGUGUGUGUGUGGAGCAACACGCCACAUAGGCAGGGUUAAUGAUACACGCGUUGCUGUUCAUGCAAACAAGGAAAUGAUAUAAGAGAAGGUAAGAAGAAGAAGGAAAAAAACGCCAACUGUACGGAAGAGGCGUGUGUGUGUGUGUGUGUGUGUUCAGAUCGUUUGAAUGAAACACGAAAAGCAUCCGUUUUACUCAAACGUGCGCUUUUUUUCCCCCCUUCUUCUUAGACAAGUGAGCAGCCCAGCGGCUGCAGAGUAGUAAACCGUCCAGUCUCGCGCGCGUUCUCUUUUCUUUUUUUUUCUUCUUUUACUUUUUCUUUGGGUUCGGUUCGGUUCUUUCUCUCGCGCCAUGGUCGGGUUGGGAGCGAAUCGUCGCGUCCCGUCCUUCGUCCUGGUCGGCAUGAUGGUGGUGCUGAUCCUGCUGAGCUACAACUACUGGAGCGUGUCGCAGGAGCACCAGCGCGCGAUUGACGAGCUGGUCGAGGUGCACGCGCAGGUGAAGCGCACCGACGCCGCGCGCACCCGCCUGGAGAAGCGGAACUCCGAGCUCAUGCUGCAGGUGGACACGCACCGGCGUCAGAUCGACCAGAAGGACGGUGACUAUAGCAUGCUGGAGGGCAAACUGCAGGCGCAGGACGUACUUGUGAAAAAGUGUACGGAUGAAAAGAUGAGGCUGCAGAGUGAACUUACACAAAAGACCUCCGAUAUUAACCGCCUGAAAGAGCAGGUGAAGGAGAUGAGGGAUGAGAUUAUUAGGCAGGAGGAGCAGCUGAGGGAGGUGAAGAAGAACAACACUAACCUUGAGAGGAAGAUGGAGUAUGAGAGCCUGCAGUGUGGCCGUCAGAUAGCGCAGCUUAAAGACGAGUACGAGGAGAGCAAGAAGCUUCUGGAAGAGAAAGCUACCAAAUUAAAAAAGGAAACGGUGGACGCGCGUAAAGCCGGCACGGUGGUCACUCAGGCUGAGCGCGGUACAGAGGCUGCAGGAGCGCACCACCUAGUGGCCGGACAGCGUCAUGACAACCCUGAUAUAAAAGAUGAUUUGGUGAAACCAGGAAGUGAUGCUGGAAUGCCCGGUAUUGAAGACAGUGAAGUGGGAAAGGUAGAGGACAUGCAGUUUGCCCUGAAAAAGCCAGCCAUCACAGCGCAGAACAUGGAGCCAGUGGAGCAGGACAAACAGCCUGGAGCUGGAGCUGGAGCUGGUCCUGAUGCUGGUCCUGAUGCUGGAGCUGAUGCUGCUAUUGACACUAAAGUAAGAGCAGGAGCUGGUGCUGGAGAAGGACCCGGGUUCGAUGCUCCUCGUGGCCUCCCUCUGGACCGUCCCGACCUUCCCCAGGAUGGAGGGGCAGCAAAAGGUCUCCCGGAAAUCCAGCAGCAGGUUCCCCAGCCGGUCGUAGACAGACCUGUGGCGUUGAAUGAAGGCAAUAAGGCAGCGGUCCAAGCAGACGAGUUCGGAGAGCAGCAGCGCCAAAUGAGAGAUCCUGAAAAUCCAGGAGCAGCGCUGCCUCCUCCGCCGAAUCCUGCUCAUGUUCUGCCCAACCCCAUGGACCCUCAGCGAGACGCUGCCCCCGCUGCACCACUCCGACAUCGGCAGAGCCGCUUCUUUGACGAGAACGAGUCCCCCGUAGAUCCGCAGCGCAACUCCAAGCUGGCGGACUACAACGGGGACGACGGCAACGUGGGCGAGUAUGAAGCCGACAAGCAGGCCGAGCUGGCCUACAACGAGGAGGAGGACGGCGACGGCGGCGAGGAAGACGCCCAAGACGACGAAGACCGGGAUGCUCCAGGAGACCGCGGCGUGGACUACGGCAAGCGACACCAAGCCAUUGACAUCCUGUAGCCUCGGUCCGGAGUCUCAGAUCGACACGUCAUCCAUAUUCACACGUGCAAGAUUGGAUUCGUGGGGGGAAAAAAAUAAUAAUAAAAGAUAAAGGAGAAUUUACUUGAACCUGCUUGUUAGCCGGAGCUGUAUUUCAACGUGGCGUGGAUACGGACGUUUCCGAACAACUUUUAAGAAGCAUUUGGGGUUCUUUGUUUGUUUGUUUUUGGGUUUUUUUUUUUUUUUUUUAAUCACUGACUUGAAAUGAAUUUAAAACUAUGUGAAGGACGUGUAAAAUGACUAAUGUGCACAUGUGUAUAUAUUUAAUAUGUACAUUAGAAAGUUGUUUUGUUCUUUUUUCCUGUUAAACAGAUUGUUUUUUUUUUUCUCUCAAGUCUAAAGCAGGCUUUUCGACACGCGUGCCUGCUGACGAGUUUAUUUUUUUUGCAUUUUAGUUUAUUAUUUACAUUUUCUUUUAAUGACUAAUUUAAGCUGACGGUUCCCGUCCCGCUGUCGUGGCAGCGGUUCUAGUGAAAGGACCUGAACUCGCAUCAGAACGAGAUCAUUACAGAGGAUACGGUUUCUAUCUUCUUUUUUUUUCCCCUCCCGAACGCUGACGUUUCGUUUUUCAGAAACGCUGCAUGGGGAAAUUUCCUCUUAUUUUUUUUUCCCCCUCCCUUUCUUCUUUCUUCAUUCUUCCUUGCUUUGAGACACAUGGACAAUAAAUUGUACAGGACUCUCACAAGUCAUUUGAAAUUAAUAUACAGUGACUCAACAGGUGAAUAUUUUUUUUUUUUUUUUUUUUUUUUUGGAAGGAUUUAUUUAAUUUUUUGCAUGUGAGUAAUUGGAUAUUAGCCUCCAGAACUACAGAAAUACAAAAAGCAAUACACUGUACCACAGCAGAGCGAGAGCGACACAGCUUCCUGUUUGCCUGCCAAAUAUGGGCGAUAUCGAUGAUUGAUGUACAUAUUUGUGCCACCGAUCCUGCUGAAUUCUGUAGAAAACCUCGGUGUCCUGUAGCCCCCGGACUUCUAACUCUUGUGCUUUUCUUAAAGGAGCGAAACCUAGGACGUUAGCAUUCUGAAUGUAUUUUAAUAACUACGAUUGUUCUGAGUUUUCCCACGUGGAUCUGGAUCUUAAAACGUAUAUAAAACAUCGUUACGUUUCUGUACGAAGUUAAACUGUUUAUUCCACCUGUCCAAAGAGCAGAGUUGUAUUAGACGAGAACUUUUUUGCCAUCACUGUGACGCGACUCGGUAGUACUGUACGUGUAGAUAUAUGCUCAACACAGCUUGAAGAAGCUCUUUGCUUGCAGUAUAACUAGAUAUUAAAUAUAGAAGGAUUUUUUUCGGGGAGGGGGGGAUAAUUUGGAAAUAAAUUAUGCGAGUUCUGCAGAAAUAAAACAAGGUUCACAAAUU